GGACUCGAAACAAACGCACAGUCGACGCUGGAGGGAGAUUUGAGUGGCGCGCGGAGAGCUGUCGGCCUCGAACUUUCCCCAAGACUUUAGAAGUUGCUUUAUUUCUUGCUUUAUAGUGCCGGUUUAUUUGACAUCAUGGAAGCAGACAGUGACAUAAAAAGCACACCGAAAGGGUUUCACUGCGCCCUGUGCAACGUCCAUUUACCAAACGCGUCAAGCGUGGAGCAGCACGUGAAAGGGCGCAAGCACCAGACGUUGAGCACCGUGCGGGCCACCCGGAAGACCCAGGAGCAGCACAGCGUGUUCGUCAGCGGCAUCAACCCGGUGGUCUCUCAGACUGACAUAGCUGAGUACUUCCAGCAGUUCGGGCCCCUCUCAGAUGUCGUCAUGGACAAAGACAAGGGUGUGUACGCCAUCGUGCAGUUUGCUGAGACGGACGGCAUACAGGCGACCAUGUCCCGUGUUGAGCAUCAGAUGAAAGGCUUGAAGCUGCGCGUCAAACUUCGGGAAAAGAAGGACUUCAAGUUGAUUCCCAAGAAGAAUGCGUCUCAGAACCUCCAACAAGCCCUCGACCGUCUCAAACCUCAGCUGUGUCAGUUGCUGUCUGUGAAUGCACAAAUGCAGUAUGUUGUAGAGCGAUUUCAGCUGGGAGAAAAUGAAAAGAAGGCCCGCGGCUUGCUGGUUCAACUCCUGCAAGAGGUUUUCAUGGAGUUUUUUCCAGAUAGCCAGAUUCAGCCAUUUGGUUCAUCUGUGAACACGUUCGGCAUCCAUUCCUGCGACUUAGACCUCUUCCUGGACCUGGAAAACACCAAGGUGUUCCAGGCCAAGUCCACUUCAGAACAGGCAGGGGAGGGCACGUCAGACGAUGGCCGCUCCGAGGACUCCAUCCUGUCUGAUAUUGACCUGUCCACUGCCUCUCCGGUAGAGGUCUUGGACCUUGUGGCCGCAAUCCUUAAACGCUGUGUUCCCAGUGUGCACAAAGUCAACGUGGUCAGCAGUGCCCGCCUCCCCGUGGUCAAGUUCCAUCACCGCGAGCUCAACCUGCAGGGAGACAUCACCAUUAACAACAGACUGGCUGUCAGAAACACCCGCUUCCUCCAGCUGUGUUCAGGGAUGGAGGACAGGCUGAGACCCCUGGCGUACACCAUCCGCUACUGGGCCAAGCAGAAGCAGCUGGCUGGUAAUGCCAGUGGCGCCGGCCCCCUGCUCAACAACUACGCUCUGACACUGCUGAUCGUCUUCUUCCUGCAAAACUGUGAGCCCGCGGUCUUCCCCACAGUGGACCGGCUCAAAGACAUGGCCUGUGAGGAGGAAGAGUGUGUGAUUUCGGGCUGGAACUGCACCUUCCCGAGUCAGCCUAUCGCUGUGCCCCCCAGCAGGAAUACACAGGACCUCAGCACCCUGCUCUUUGGCUUCUUCACCUUCUAUGCCAAGUUUGAUUUCGCCGGUAGUGUUAUCUCUCUCCGGACAGGGCGUGCACUCCCAAUCACUGACUUCCUUAGUCAGAAUAAAGAGGAGCAGGCGACGCGUGAGGAAGCAUCCACCAAGUCCCGGCCCCAUGGUCCCAAACUGGGCCCCCUAAAUCUCUUAGACCCCUUUGAUCUCUCCCACAACGUAGCUGGAAACCUGAAUGAACGCUCUCAGCGCAGCUUCCAGAAGGAGUGCCAGGAGGCUGACAAGUACUGCCGCAGCCUGCAGUACCAGCGCAAAUCCACCAAGGGGAAAUCAUGGGGGCUGGUGCGCUUAUUCACCCCCCAAGGGGAGGUGCCACAGGCCAAGACGGAGCAGCCGACCAUCAGCAUCCCCUUCAAAUCAGCGUCGCUCCCUUUAGUGCUGCGUAAUGAGCUGCACAAGGCGGGAGAUGGCUUCCGGUUGCUGUGGUUUCAGAAGGUCUGCUCCGCUGUAGAGGGAGUCUUCCAAAGUGUUCUCGGGUGUCACCUUGCUCCCUCCACAGACGCCGUCUUUGGCGAGGGGUCAGUUGUCGACGACAUGGAGACUUCCUCCACUUCCCUCAACACAUCAAUAAAUGACAGUUGUGACAGUGUUGAGUCCCAAAACGAAACCAGCCCUCAAGGUGCAGCUGUGGUCGGUGCCAAGAGGCAGCUGUCCUCCGGCAGCGAAGCUUCUGAGUCACCUCAAGGGAAAAAGCCAAGACUGGCAAAAAGGGGCAAGCCUGUGUUACCUCACUGGAUCUGUGGGCAAAAGCACAUGGUGUGGGCCGGUAGGAGGAGAGUGAGAAGGGAGCUGAUCAAAGACACUGACUCAAGGCCAGAGGGCAGCUGUAUGGAGCUGGAGUCCAAGGUCACAGCUCACAUCAUUGAAAAAGAGCCAGAGCUCAAGGAGCCUCUGGAGUUCAAGGUCCAGCCCCAGAUGGUUGGUGAGACAGAAAGCACGAAGGCAGUGCUCCAAUUGGAACCAAUCAGUGACAAGACGGGAGUUUUUCAGGACUUCUUUCAUUUCCUGGAAGGCUUCCUACCUAAGAUGGUAGAGACACUGAUCGAGAAAGAAGUGGGUAGUGCUUAAAAUGGGGCUGCUUUUUUUUUUUUGAAUUAAAGAUGUUGUGACUGCUGCUUGACCCGUUAGAGUGUGACAUGAACGAGCAUUGAUGUGGCUUAUUGUUGAUUUAGGCAUUGACCAUUAUAUUUGUAAAUGUUGGCUUUGACCGAAUGAAGUUCAUGUACAUUUCUACCUGUUUUUCUGUUAGUUUCAGGAUGAUAUUAAAAAGCCCCACUGUUAUGUUUGA